AUGUGGCGUCGAACAUAUUUACUGUUAUUGGUGAUUCGCGUGUACUUUGCCCUGUCGCCAAGCUAUCUACAUCCCGAUGAGAAUUUCCAAGGCCCAGAGCUUUUCGCAGGUCGCAUAUUCGCAUUCCCUUCGAAGCUACCAUGGGAGUUUACCGUUGAACACCCCAUACGUAGCAUUUUCCCACUAUGGGCGACCUACGAGCUUCCAAUGAACCUCUUGAAAUGGUUCUAUACCGAGAUCGGAUCGGGUAACCCCCCACCCGACUUGGUUUACUAUGCGCUGCGCGGUGGAAUGUUCAUAUUGAGUUUUGUUCUGGAGGACUGGGCGAUCUACGAGCUAGUGCCUUCCCCGCGUCAUCGGCGUGCAAUCGUGGUGCUGGUGGCCUCGUCGUAUGUCACCUGGACAUAUCAGACGCACACAUUCUCCAACAGCCUUGAGACCUUGUUGGUUGCUUGGGGGUUGGUUCUGAUUCGGCGCAUUGUCGAGAAUAAGCGACACUCGUCCUUCUUCUCCCAUGCCGUGCUCGCCUUUAUCGCUGUGCUAGGCGUUUUCAACCGCAUCACCUUCCCAGCGUUCCUUCUAUUCCCCGGCUUGCAAUUGCUGCCUCAGUUCCAACGGAAACCACUCUCCCUCGUAACAUUCUUCCUCUGUGGCGUCUUCUUUUCUACCAUCGCAGUCUACACAGAUACGAUAUUCUACCGGCCAACACUCUCCUUCCUUAGUAUCCUCCGCAAUCCUAUAAUAACGCCUCUCAACAAUCUCCUCUACAACACUGACACUUCCAACCUAGCCCAACACGGCCUUCACCCUCACCACCAACACUUCACUGCAAACCUCCUCCAACUUCUCGGCCCAGCAUACGUUGCUAUGCUAGUCUCCUUCUUCAGCUGGCCACUGAUGCUGCCGUACUGGAUGCGCAAUGUGCGCGCCCUCUCCGCGCUCUCUGCAACAAUGCUCCUCUCCUUUUUCCCACAUCAAGAGCCGCGCUUCCUUCUCCCAGUUGUGCCCCUCCUUCUCAGCUGCUUCCCCCUGCGUCGCUCUCGUCUGUUACUCGUCGUAUGGAUCAUAUUCAAUGCAGCCAUGGGCUUCCUCAUGGGUGUGUACCACCAAGGUGGCGUCGUCCCCACGCAGCUAGCAAUGCGCGACAUCGUCUCGUCCAGCACAACACGCCACAUACCUUCCGCAACAGUCUUCUGGUGGAAGACAUACUCACCACCGCUGUGGCUUCUCGGCGGGGAUAACCAGUCUACAGAGAUCGCGACAUGGGAUCUCAUGGGGAUGUCAGGUGUGGAGAUGAUGCUGCAAUUGGAACAGGUUGUACCUAACUGCUCAAUUCCGUCGUCUGUGUUCCUGGUCGCGCCUACAUCGGCUGCUUUCCUGGACCCAUAUGCUGUGUCUGCGAGUCAGAGCCGGGACCAGAGCUUACAACUUCAUCCACUUUGGUCGUAUCGUAAGCACCUCAACCUCGAUGACAUGGACUUUGGCGAAGACGGGAUCCUGCCGACUCUGAAACGGGUCAUUGGGCGCCGUGGGCUGGGUGUUUGGUCUGUGCGAAGAUCUUGCAAGUAA